AGCAAUGAUCGAAGUCGGUUUGUGGGGGGAGAGAGAAGGUAGAGAAAUCGAGAAAAGAAAAAGCAUUACAACCAGAGAAUACCCAAACCCAAAACCAAAGAAAUUUUACUCUUUUCUUUUUUCAUUUCUGCCUUCCACUUCUUAUCAUCAAUUCUUCCUUUUCUUCAAAGAUUCAUUCUUUUCUUUCUUUAUAUUUCAUGAAACAAAAUAUUUGAUUUUCAUUUUGAUUUUAUCUCAGCUAAUUAAGUUGCUGGGUUUUCUUUUUUCUUCCUAAUCUUUCUUUUUACAUGAGGAGAGGAAGAGGUUCCGCCGCCGGCGCAUCGGCGAUGGUGGAACCGAACGGAUCUGUGCCUGUUACUCAACAAAACAACAUAAAUGGAAAGGAACCCAGAUAUAGAGGAGUUCGUAAACGUCCAUGGGGCAGAUUCGCCGCAGAAAUCAGAGAUCCGUGGAAGAAAACCCGAGUCUGGCUCGGCACUUUUGACUCCGCCGAAGAUGCAGCUCGUGCCUACGACACCGCCGCUCUCAACCUCCGUGGGCCGAAGGCGAAAACUAAUUUUCCGUUAAAUAAUAUAGAGCUACCUCCUUUCGCAUACCAAAACCCUCCGCCGUCGCAUGCUUUUCAGGCGAGUCAUGGGUACGACGGACAUCAUAUUCAUCAUCCUGAUGUAAAUCCGCAGAGACCCGCGUCGAGUAACUUGAGUAGUACUGUAGAGUCAUUCAGCGGACCCAGACCGCCGCCGCAGACCGCCGCGUCUGCGGCGGUUGAAAGUAGAAAGAAACAGAGACAUCAUCCUCGGACUCCGCCGGUGGUGCCGGAAGAUUGUCAUAGUGAUUGUGAUUCAUCGUCAUCGGUUGUUGACGACGGAGAUAUUGCUUCGGCUUCUUCUUCUUUAAGUUGCCGGAAGGUUUUGCCGUUUGAUCUGAAUUUUCCACCUCAGGUUGACUUUUCCGGUGAAGAUCUUCACUGCACUGCUUUAUGUCUUUAAAAAAAUUACAUUUUUUUCUUAAUUAUGCGGAUUAUAAAGAAAAAUAGAUUAGAUUAAGAUAAAAAUGAUCUUAAUCCUGUUGUAUGAGUAUGUUACACUUUAUUUGGUUUGAUGAUGAUGAGAAAUUAAUUUCUAUAAUUUGUUUCCGUUAAGUUGUUGAUGAUCUUUGUUAAUUUGAUGGAUUAUUGAACUAGUUGUUAUAGUUAUAGAUCACCCUUUGUAAAAUUUAGAAGUAAUUUAAUUCUAUUCGUAGUAUGCACCAAUAUUGGUGCAUUACAAGUAGAUUGUUUGUUGUGACUACAAAUUACAAAAUGUAGAAUACUUCUCUAUGUAAUAGACUUUCAAAAUGUUGGAAUUGAUAUUGUUAACAUUAGAGGUGUUUUCUUCUUGUUAA